AUGGGAACUGUUCCUAUAUUGAGAACAAUAGAAGAUGAUCUUAUGAGAGAAAAAUCAUUACUCAACGAUCAUAUAUUAGUUCAAGAUAUUCCUGGUGUUCAUAUUGCCGAAGUUGCCCUUAAACCAAAUUAUGGUCCUUAUUACGGAGUCGAAGGUAUAAAUAGUCUUUUUAAUCCACGAGUUGAUAACAAGUUUCAAAUCUCUAUGUCUCAUAUAUGGGUUCAAAAUGGCCCCAAAGAAUCCACUAACAAGAUCUCAUUGGGAUGGCAUGAUGCUGUGACCAAAAAUUGGUGGAUAAGUAUAGCCAAUACGUUUAUUGGAUAUCUUCCAGCAAAAUUGUUCUCAAACAUGAGUUCAGCUAAUGAAGUAGGUUGGGGUGGAAGAACAAGAACUCAUCCUGGUACUCAAAGUCCUCAAAUGGGAUCUGGCCAUUUUGCUCGUGAUAAUAAUGCUACGCACGCUUGUUUUUAUAAAGAAGUUUCGAUUCAAGAUAAUGAAAGAAAAACUCAUGGAGCUAAAGUAUAUGAAACUCACUCUUUCAGUGACAAUCCCAAUUGUUACGAUGUUAGAUACUAUGGAGAUCAAGACCCCUACUAUGGUUACAUUCUCCUGUUUGGAGGACCUGGUGGUAAUUGUGGCAAUUAA